UCUCAUAACGCAAGGUUUUUCCUUGUCUUUAAUCUCUUCUCCUUCCCAAAAUGAAGGCUUUUCUUGUGUUUUCAUCACUCUUUGCCCUCCUAGCUUCCUCCUUCGCAUCUGCAGCUAUAGUGGAACACUCAUUUACUGUGAAGAACUUCAAUGUGACUCGUUUAUGCAACACACAAACUAUAACUGCAGUUAAUGGCAGGGUUCCUGGACCCAGAAUUGACGUACGAGAGAACGACACUUUGGUCGUUCAUGUGUUCAAUGGUUCUCCCCAUAACGUUACUAUUCAUUGGCACGGGAUAUUUCAAAUAAGGAGCCAAUGGGCAGAUGGUCCAGAAUAUGUAACUCAGUGUCCUAUUCGACCAGGUCAAAAGUAUACCUACAGAUUCACAAUCACAGGACAAGAAGGAACUCUUUGGUGGCAUGCCCACUCUUCUUUUCUUCGUACUUAUGUCUAUGGUGCUCUCAUCAUUCGCCCCCGACAUGGUUGCCCUUAUCCUUUUCCUAAGCCUCACAAGGAAGUCCCCAUUCUCCUAGGUGAGUGGUGGAAGUCUGAUAUUAACCAAAUAUUCAACCGAAUUCAAGUCACCGGCGACCUAGUUCCUCCGUCUGAUGCUUUCACAAUCAACGGCUUUCCCGGCGAUCUGUAUAAUUGCUCUCGAGAUCAUGCUUUCAAGUUCAAGGUGAAGCAGGGGAGAAUAUACUUGUUACGCAUAGUCAACGCCAAUCUCAUCUCACAGAUGUUCUUCAAGGUGGCCAAUCACAAGUUCACAGUCGUCGCCGUCGAUGCUGGAUACACAACUCCCUACGUCACCGAUGUGGUGGUCAUCGCCCCCGGCCAGACCACCGACGUUCUCCUGAAAGCCGACCAGCCAGUGGGAUCUUACUACAUGGCCGCUUCCGCAUACGUGACCACGCAAAACAUAGGAUUUGACAAUACGACAACGAGAGGUAUUGUCGUUUACAAGGGAGCUUCCAAGGCAACUCCUCCUUCGAUGCCGACGCUCCCCGCGUUCAACGAUACCCGGACGGCCCACAAAUUUUACACGAAUCUCACUGGGCUUGUUGGUGGGCCUCACUGGACUGACUGUCCCCAGGAAGUGGACGAACAAAUGUUCAUCACUGUUGGGCUGAAUUUGGACUUCUGUGGAAGGAAUCGCACGUGUCUGGGCCCAUCAGGGUUUCGAUUCUCUGCGAGCAUGAACAAUGAGUCGUUUGUGAUCCCGAGUGACAAAGGGUCGUCGAUGUUGGAAGCAUUCUUCAACAACAAGGAAGGUGUGUACACUAGAGAUUUCCCAAACAAUCCUCCAGUAUUCUUGGACUUCACGAACCCAAACAUAAGCUUCGACUUGUCCAAGGUAUUCGCGCCGAAAUCGACAAAGGUGAAGACUCUGAAGUUCAAUUCGACGGUGGAGAUUGUGUUUCAGAACACAGCUUUUGUAGGCAGAGAGAACCACCCAAUGCACAUUCAUGGGCUGAAUUUCUAUGUAUUGGCUCAAGGGUUUGGAAUGUUCGAUCCGAGCAGAGAUAGGAGAAAGUUGAAUAUGGUGAAUCCUCAAAUGCGUAAUACUGUUGCAGUGCCCACAGGUGGAUGGGCCGUCAUCAGAUUCAAAGCCAAAAAUCCAGGUGUAUGGUUUGUGCAUUGCCAUAUAGAUGCACACUUGCCAUGGGGGUUAGAUAUGGCGUUUGAGAUAGAGAACGGACCCACUCCUGAAACCACACUGCCUCCACCACCUCCUGAUCUCCCCAUCUGCUAGUUUUUCAUUUUCAAUUAUUAUUAUAAUUUUUUUUUAUAUUAUAUCUCCAAACU